CCCUUGGUGUCCUUACCAUCGACAUCGGGAUCCAUCCGCACCUGUCCUCCGUACCACCACCACCAAGCCGUCAUCGGCCUCUCCCUCCGGGCAUGGAGAACACCCGCUGCUUCGCUAACCGCUUCUCGGACUACAGGGGCGCCCUUCUGCCCGGCCAGGGCGCCGAGGCCGUGGCUCCGGCUAUCGUGGCCACGGUGGACAAGCUCCUCAAAAAGGUCCCCAGCGACGUGGGCGACUACGACGGCGGGCUGUACGACGGUCCCGCCGGGGUGGCGUACAUGCUGUAUCACGUCAGCGAGUGUCCGCUCUUCUCCGAGCGGAGGGACACUUACCUGAAAGCGGCCAAGCACAUCAUCGACGUGUCGGUGCGCUACGUGGACGCCGAGCCGGACAAAAACAUGCGUGCCGCCUUCCUGCUCGGUGGGGCGGGCAUCUACGCCGUGGCUGCGAUGAUAUACAAGUCCCUCGGCUUGGCUGAUUUCGUCAAACCGCCGACGAAAUUCCGCAGCCAGUGGGAAGUGUGCGCGCCCAUUCAUUUUCUGGAGUGCGGCUCUGAUGAGCUAUUUGUGGGCCGGGCAGGCUACCUGUGUGCCGCCCUGGUCCUCAGACAAAAGCUGGGCAUUGAGAUUCUCAGCAAGGAUCAAAUCAAAUCCAUCUGCCAGGCCAUCAUCGAGUCAGGAAAACAAUAUGCCAGGAAGAAGAGGAAGCCUUUCCCCCUCAUGUACUCCUACUACGGGACAGAAUACCUUGCAUCAGAUGAAAAGAUCCGCACCGCCCACGGCCUGUCAUCGGUGCUGCAGAUGCUGCUGAGCUACCAGGACAUGCUGAGCGGGGCUGACAAGGACCUGGUGUGGCAGAGUGUCGACUUCCUCAUGAACCAGGAGCAGAACUGCAACUGGCCCGCCGAGCUGGGCGCCAUCAUCGAGAGGGAGAACGAACUGGUCCACUGGUGUCAUGGAGCUCCAGGUGUGGCCUACCUGUUUGCCAAGGCCUACCUGAUCAACAAGAAGCCUCAGUACUUGGACACGUGCAUCCGCAGUGGAGAGCUGGUGUGGCAGAAAGGGCUCCUGAAGAAAGGACCCGGCGUCUGUCACGGAGUGGCCGGCAGCGCUUAUGUCUUCCUGCUCCUCUAUCGCCUCACCGGGAACUCUAAAUACAUCUACAGGGCUCAGAGGUUUGCAGAGUUCCUCUUCACUGAGGAGUUCAAGUCAGGCUUGCGUUCAAUGACCAGCGUCUACAGUCUGGUCGAAGGCCUGUCCGGCACCGUGUGCUUCCUGGUGGACUUGCUGCAACCCGACCAGGCAGAAUUCCCACUUUUCACCGUCUUUGAGUGAAGGACAGGAAAAGGAGGGGAAAAAAAGAGGAACACCACAGGUAGACGUCUAACUGCCGUAGAAACCGAUCUGGUUCUGUCUGUGUGUUUUGAAGUGGAUGUUCAGCUUUUUCCAGCCCUUUACCAGAUUCAACUCCCGACUAAAAUGCCAGCCAAGUUUGGGACAAUGGCGAAUUACAUACAAAAAAACAAAACAAAAACCAUGUACCACAUUAUGAACAUGGGCUGCUCUCAGGUUGCAUUCACACAAAUGCACACAUGAAUUUUAAUGGCAAUCACACACACACAAAAUAAAUAAAUAAAAAUGUCUACCCCUUUUGCCAGCGCAGCACGUAUCGUCCACUUGUCUUUUGGCUUAAAGUAAAUUUGAAAAAGCAGUAGGGAGGUUAAAUAGAGGUCAUUUAUUGUGCUAGUAAGUGCAAUAUUUUUAGGAUUGUGUCGUGUCUGCGUUGUGUUUUUUCUAUUCUAGGUUAUCUGUUCUAGGAGACCUUCUGACAUGUUCACUGUGUCGUUAUUGACUUCCAGAUGUGCAACACUGAGCAAUGUGUGUGUUAGUCUCUCCAUUGUUACAUCAACUGAGAUCACCGUUUCUGAGUCGAUUUGUGCGCUGUGACAAUUGAGGCCUUAAAACCAAGUUGAAGAUGGUCACAUGUCAGAGGAUGUGUGACCACGGUUGGUUUAAAAAAACAAAUAAAAAAAGAGAAAGAGAGAGAAAAAGGCUGGUGAAUUCAGCAAAUGUCAAACCAAAGUUUUGGGAUGCAAAUGGUGCUUGUUUGUAGUGUUUCUACGUCGUGUAUGUGUGUGCUGUUUUUGCACAUGGAGCCCGACAAGUCUAUUGGAUUGUUGUCGUCAAUAGUAAUAAAGUGUCCAGAUUAAAUUAUUCAGUGGCUGAUUGGGUUCUUAGAGUACUAAGUACUUGAUAUUUGUGGAUAUGAUCAAGUGUAUAUACAGUCCCAAACUUAUGACAAUGGAGUCUGGAACCAAUUAAGCGCAGUAAACGAGGGAUCACUGUAGACUUGAACAGGCUAGUUUCAAUUUAACCUGUGACCCAAAGGAACCCGGUAACUAAAAAUGGACUUGGCAUGCCUCAUUAUUGAGCGUUAUAAAAAUGGAAAAAUAAUGUGAAUUAAAAAAAGGGAUGCUAAAAAAUUAAUAUCCAUAUAUUUAUUAGUUAAGAAUUAUUCAUAUUAUAAUUAUAAAUUUGUAUUUAAUACUUAAUAAUAGUAAUUCAUAUAAAUAAUUUGGGAUCAUACUAAAUUAUG